UGGAAUAGGUGUCUCACUUCGCUGGAAAACUUUCUUUUCAGUCAGGCGAUCAGACGGGGCAUCUAUAAUGGGGGAAAAAAAAGUGCGUGGUAUUGUCGGGAGAGUGCAGGCAUGGAGAGACGCCAAACGGCGACGAGAUGACAGCUGAUUCCGCCGCCACACAUCGAGGAGUGUCCCUCUCGGCUGUGCGCCAGCAUGCUUUUGCGAUCAAUAAGAGCUAAUUCCGACAUUUAAUGGCUGUUUUGAAGCCGUGGUGCGUUUAGCUAAAGUCGUGUGGCGAGGACUCUACAAGUGCCAACACAUCAUUGCUGCUUUAAAAGAAGUUGCCUAGGCUUUAUUUUCCUGGAUCUUAGCAGUUUCCCGUUGGACUUUAAUCACCCGAACAGGUUAUGAGUGAUGGAAGCGGGGUCGGUGGUGCGUGCCGUGUUCGAGUUCCUCCCCAGCGUCUCUGAGGAGCUUCCCCUCUUCACUGGCGAUGUCAUCGAGGUGCUCAGCGUGGUGGAUGAGUUCUGGUUGCUCGGUAGCAAAGAUGGCGUCACAGGUCAGUUUCCCAGCACCUUUGUGGAAGAGGUUACCAUUCCCGGCACCAAGCCUGGAGACAGACUCUACGUAUGCAUCAAUGAUUUCAGCGCCACAGAGACAGGAAGUCUGUCCCUGAAGAGAGGCGAUGUUGUAGUCUGCGACACAGUAGACUCCAUGGACUUCGGAGAAACCUGGCUCCAUGGCUGUAACGCCUGGGGGACCCGUGGUGUCUUCCCUACGUCCUGCGUGAAGGAACUCAACCUCUCCUGCCGUUCCAGGCAACUAUCGGAACGCUCGGCCAAGGCUCAGGCUUCGGACCUCCCGACGUACGCGCUCGGUCAGGCUCGAGCUCUCAUGAACCUCCACGCUCAGCUUCAUGAGGAACUUGACUUCCGCGAGGGGGACUUGAUCAUCAUUACAGGGAUGCCUGAGCCCGGUUGGUUUGAGGGGGAGCUGCAGGGACGUAGCGGGAUCUUCCCGGAAGGGUUCGUGGAGCUCCUGGGUCCUCUUCGAUCUCCUCAGGAACCUGACUGCCAGUAUUUAAGCAACGACGAGGAAGAGGAAGCCAUUGAAGAAGUUGUUGAAGAGGAGCUGAAAGAAGAAGAUGAUGAUUUAGAAGAUGCUGUUUAUGGAGUGGCGCUUUAUGAAUUUCGUGCCAUGGAGCUUGGAGAACUGGACUUCAACGUCGGCGACCGCAUACGUGUCGUGAAUACGUUGGACGACGGUUGGCUUGAAGGAGUUUUACGAGGUCAACGUGGGAUUUUUCCUCAUCGGUUUAUCAAACUAGACCAACAGAAAACAACAGCGGACACAAACGAGGGGAAAUACAUCUCAGGUUCUUCUGUGAAGGACCCAGAGUCGAUAUCCCAUGAAGAUCACACCAUAUGGGAUCUGGACUACUUUGAGAGAAGCGAAGAGCAGAGAUGGAGAAAUGAAAGUACGAAAAAUCUAAGCAAUUCCGACUCAAAAACGACCAAUCAACGACCAGAAAGACCGAAAUCGAUGCCGCCGGCGAGGCCGAGAAUCCCGCCCCCUCGACCUAGCUUACCUGCGCGAAGCCAAAACCACCACAACGGUAGCGCACGAACUUUGCCGCCUAAAUUAAGUCAUAGCCUAACACUACCGAAUAGGCAGCCUGCUUGGGUGAAAGACAACAGGAAGUCCCACCCACAGCCACUAGAUGGCGCCACCGCUGUUAAUAAAAGUGCAACUCUCGGACAAAUCUUAACCGGUCUUGUCGAGACCCGUAAGGAGAAUAAGAAGAUGACAAGACAGGCUACUCAACCGCAGAGAGCGCCGGGCUCCAACGGUUUCAAACCGUCAUCCAUCGCCUUGGAGGCUCUCCUGUGUCCCGGCGACUUGGAGUCCAAACUCUCGCAGCAGCUCUUCGAAUUUGAGAAGAGCUUGACAUCCGGUGCGUCGAGACACUUCUCCAUUUUGGAUUUCGCCGACGAGAGCGACAUCAUACGGGGAUCGUCGCGUUCCACCUCGGCGUCCACAUCUGCGUCGUCGUCGCUGGAGAGACGCAGGAGCCUUCGCCCUCCUCCGCCUCGACCACAAGUUAUUCGUCCUCGAGUUUCGUCCGCCAGUAGACCGGCCCGCCCUGCUCCACGUCCACCACCUCCUCCUCGUUCCCCGAAACUGACUUCCGCACCUCCACUCGCUAACCCCCUCAACACCCCCAUCUUCUUUGAGCCGCCUUUAAACCUCUUUGACUCACAAGCGGCGGACUUUGGUGACCUCGCAGACGCCCAAGAACAUGAGCUCCACCUCCAGUCAGAAACCGAGAAAGAUCUGGAGAUGGAGACGGAGAUGGAGACUCAAAGGCAAAAGGAGCAGGAGGACAAUUACCAGCUCUUGUUACGGCUACAGGAAGUGGAGAACGACAUGGAGGCGUACGCGCACACCGCCGAGGAGCUCAGGGCCAUUCUCGAGGAGGAAGAGGAGGAGACGGCCCGUGUGCAGGUCAUGGAGAACCUGGAGUUCUGCACCUACACAUUGGAGACGCUGGCCUUGGAGCAGCUUCAGUUGCAAGAGAUGACACAGCUGUCGUCGCAGCCCAAAUCCACAGAGUCCAACUCGGCCGGGGACACAACAACGGUGACCGCUGGCGUAGAGAACCCUGAGCUGAGGAUGCUGGAGAAAAGGUCGAAGGUCAUCGAGGAGCUGCUGCAGACGGAGAAGGACUACAUCAAGGACCUGCAGAUGUGCGUGGUGGAGAUAAUUGAACCUUUGCAGAGGAAGCAGGUGAAGAACGUGGACUUUGAUGGACUUUUUGGUAACAUCAGUUCUGUGAUUGACCUGUCACAGCGCCUGUUUGAAAAACUGGAGGAAAGCGACUCUAUUGGCAAGGUCUUUCUGGAAUUCAAAACGGAGCUGGAGGGGGUCUACAACGUGUACUGCCAGAACCACGACGACGCCAUCUCGUUGCUGGAGAGCUACGAGAAAGAUGAAAACAUCCAGCGACAUGUGCAAGAGUGUCUAGAGAGGCUAAGGGCCAUUUAUCGAGAGUGGGGUAAAACAAACUACAUCAACCUGGGUUCUUUCCUCAUCAAGCCAGUUCAGCGGGUCAUGCGCUACCCUCUGCUGCUGAUGGAGCUGCUGGGCGCCACCCCGGAAAGCCACCAUGACCAGCCUCAACUGACUCUGGCCCUGCAGGCCGUCAAGGAGAUCAACGUGAACAUCAACGAGUACAAGCGGAGGAAGGAUCUUGUGGUGAAGUACAGGAAAGGAGACGAGGACACGUUCAUUGAUAAAAUCUCCAAGCUGAGCAUGCACUCCAUCAUCAAGAAGUCCAAUCGUGUCAGCAGCCAUCUUAAGCACCUGACAGGAAUUUCACCGCAGAUUAAGGACGAGGCGUUCGAUGACGCUGAAAAGAGAUUUCGCCUGCAAGAGAGACUCAUCAAAUCCUUCAUUCGGGAUAUUUCCUUGUACCUGCAACAUAUAAGGGAAUCAGCCUCCGUCAAGGUGCUGGCGGCCAUCAGCUUCUGCGACAUCUACACAGAGCGUAGCAUCCCUGACCCCGAGCGCUUUCAGAGAGCUCAUCGUUGCAUCAGCGACAAGCAGUUCACUGAGUUUAAGGAGCGCACAGAAGCAUUGGUGAUCAACCCGCUCACCCAGUUGCUCCUCAUGUUCGCCGGCCCUCACAAACUCAUCCAGAAACGCUUCGACAAACUCCUCGACUACGACAACUGCAAGGAACGCGCCGACCGCCUCAAGGAUCGGCGUGUUCAGGAUGAGAUGCACGUAGCACGUAGCAACUACGAAGCGCUCAACGCCCAACUCCUGGACGAACUACCCAAGUUCCACGUGGCGGCCGAGGAGUUGUUCACCGGUUGCGUGAAGGCCUUUGCUCAGGCCCAGAAGGACUUCAUGAAGACCACACUUGGGGAGCUGAAUCCUCUUCUUCAAGCCUUUUCCCGCAAAGUCGGAACCGAGGGAAACCUGGUCUCGCAGUUCCAGGAAGAGUACGGACGCGUGCUUCAACUCCUGCAAAGUUUCAGUUUCUGCCCUGAAAACCUGCCCCCAACCACAACCACGACCGCUAAAAAACCGUUUGAGAAGAAAACGAUGGAGAAACAGAUCUCGAAAAAGCAACUCCAAGGACCUCCUAAUUACAUCCUGCAGACCGAUGAACACCGUGCCGGGUUGAUGGCUCGCUUCAGUCACGAGAAACUCUUCCAGGCCGAGAGGAACUUCAAUGCGGCUCAGGAUCUGGAUGUGUCCAUCCUGGAGGGGGACCUCGUCGGGGUCAUCAAGCAGCAGGACCCCAUGGGGAGCCACAAUCGAUGGCUAAUCGACAACGGAGUCACUAAGGGAUUCGUGUACAGUUCCUUCCUGAAACCGUACAACCCGCGGCGAAGCCAUUCCGACGUAUCCAUCGAAAGCCAGUCGUCCAACGAGUCGGGCUACGGCGGUUCCUCGCCCGUCUUCUCACGCCAGAACAGCAACAGUACGCUAACGUUCAACCAGGACACGGCGGUCGUUAGCUUCUCCGCGACGCAACCCCAGAACCAACCGUCGCCGCAACCUUCGCUGGAUUCCACGCCUCAUUCCCGAGUGCCAAACCCGGACUCUGUGAACUCGUCACCGCGAGAUCCCUCCCACCACCACCAAAACCGCCGACGCCAACACAGGAACCUGGAACCUCCUUACCAGCGCUCGGGUCCCCGCCACGGGGACUCGUACGACGUCAGUCACGCCAGUACGAGCGAACAAUCGGAAACGGAUAAUUAUUCGCCACGCGGAACAAUCCGUUCCCAGCGACACGUCGACCAAGACUACGACUCGUACCAGUGGAGGAACGGCGAGAAGAAGUCGUACUCUCAGGACGACUUUAGCGAGCCGGAAUCCGAGCAGGACGGCGAAUCAGACGGACAUCAGAUCUACUUUGCCCUCUACUCCUUUAGCGCUCGCUGCGCUAACGAACUUAGCAUUUCGGCAAACCAGCGGCUGCGCAUACUCGAAUUCCAGGACAUGAACGGCAACGGAGAAUGGUGGCUGGGCGAAGCGGGAGGCCGGCGAGGCUACGUGCCUUCGAACUACAUACGAAAAUCGGAGUACACUUGAGUAGUUUGAGUCCCAUACUGCCACCUUGUGGUGACGAGCACAAUGAACAAACUUUUUUUUUUGCUCAUGGAGUGCAUUUUUAUGCCUAUAUUUAUAGAUUUUUUUUUUUUGUAUAUAUGUAAAUAUUUUUUUUUUUUACUUGGCGCUCUCCUGUGUUUUUUUUUUGUUUUUUUUAAUCCUAGUGAAGUAAAAAUUGACAAAGUGAGUAUGAAGUGUGAAGCAGGAAGGCGCCAAUGAAAUGUCUGAAUUCAAAUCAGAGUUAAAAGUUUAAUGGUGCUUGUUUGAUGACACUCCUUAACUUUUAAAUUUUUAUUUUGCUAGUGGCCUACAUAUAUAUUAUUAUUAUUAUUACAUCGUACCUGGAGUGACACUGUGAAAUGAAACCUGGGAAAAAAAAGAGGAAAUAAACCUCCAGCUACUGUAAAUAAUGUAUGUAAUACUGUAUAUGGAAUAUUUGCACCCACUGUACAGUCAUGAAUUUGGAUUAAAACAGCACAGCAGCUGAAAAAUACAUUUUUUC